AUGUACGUUGAGAUUGUCACGUCGAUCUUUACGGGUCUGGCGGCUUUGACCGUCGCCCUCCGGUUAUACACUCGGUUUCGCAUGGUGAAGGCUGCUGGGCUAGAUGAUUUGAUUAUAUCAUUUGCGUUGGCCUGCGAUGUGACAUUCUAUAUCUUUAUACUUCUUGGUAAGUGGUCCAUCCCAGCAAUGCCUUAUCAACCAGCACACAUAUCUAACAACUCCUCAAUAGAACGAAAAUAUGGCCUCGGCAUACCCACAACAGAACUUUCUACGGAGAAAUACCAGUGCCAACUAUAUUGGCUAUGGCUUUCCGUCCCUUUCUAUAACAUGACCAUGAUAUUAGCCAAGAUCUCCGCCCUAACCCUCUUCACCCGCGUCUUUCAUCCUCGUCCUUUCCUCAUAAUCACCUACAUCUUGAUGGCCUUCCUCGCCCUAUUUGGUCUAUGGACAACCCUGAGCGGUUUCGUCUACUGCGUUCCUGUCCACGACUUCUGGAAUCCAUCCCAAGAGGUCCGAAAGAAACAUUGUCUACCUGACGCGCCUACCUGGUUCACAAAUGCCGGAAUCCAGACUUUUACCGAUCUGAUGAUCGUGGCUAUGCCCAUGCCACUAUUGUGGAAGUUGCAGCUACCGAAAAGACAGAAAUGGGGAAUCCUUGUAGUUUUCAGUCUUGGAAUCUGUAUUGUUGCCACCAGUGCCGGUCGCUUGUAUCAAUUGAAUAUCAUGGUUAGUGGAGGAGACUUUACCGAAGCAAAUGCCCAAGCAGCCCUCUGGUCCUCCCUCGAAGCAAAUAUAUCCAUCAUCUGCAUCUGUCUACCACCCCUCCACCCCCUCCUCUCCCGCAUCUUCUCAUAUUUCUUCCUCCCUCGACCAGUACGCUCAUCAGCCUCAAAGAGGCGACUUUCCACUAAAGCUGAGAUGACCGAAACUCUUCACCGGGAUGACGGGAUCUGGUGCAACGAUCUCUUCAAUCCCACACCAGCUAGUUACUCUGCUAGUAUUUCCAAGGUCGAUACGAAUGACGCAGAGGAGACUGAAGAGGGAAUUCGUGUUGUGCGCGAGUUGAGGUUGCACUCUGAUUCUGUUCCUCCCUCCAUUCCUUCUUCUACUAUUCCUCCUUCUAUUCCUUCUCUUCCUCCCUCCAUUCCUCCUUCUACUAUUCCUCCUUCGAUUCCUUCUAUGAAUGGUCCCCAUCCAGAUUUGGAGAGGGGAGAGAGAGGGAGGGGUAGUAUUGCGCAUGAGAAUCCACACGUGACGCUUAGUACUGAGCAGGAUUUUGGGGAUUUCGAGUUUCCGGACUAUAAGGAUAAAAUGAAUUCCCCUGUUUGA